CCCCCCUCCAAGCCCACCGCCCAGCCCACCGCCCAGUCCUCCACCUAGCCCCCCUCCAAGCCCCCCACCUAGCCCCCCACCUAUUCCUCCGCCUAGUCCCCCACCUAGUCCUCCGCCUAGCCCGCCACCCAGCCCACCACCCAACCUGCCUCCUCCUGGCCCACCAUCACCGCUACCAUCUACACCGAGUCCUCCGCCACUGCCAGAUAGCCCGCCAAAUCCGGAUCCAACCCCACGUCCUCCUAGCCCUCCUUCACCUUUCCCCUAUCCGCCCAGCCCGCCGUCGCCGCCUCCAGUUCCACCUAGUCCCAUCUCUGCCCCUAGCCCGCCUAGCCCUCAGCCUAGCCCCCCGACCCCAAGCCCGCCUCCCAACCCGCCUUCUCCUCCUGGCCCACCAUCACCGCCUCCAUCUCCACCGAGUCCUCCGCCACUGCCUCAUAGCCCGCCAAAUCCGGAUCCACCCCCACGUCCUCCUAGCCCUCAUUCACCUUUCCCCUAUCCGCCCAGCCCGCAGUCGCCGCCUCCAGUUCCACCUAGUCCCAUCUCUCCUCCUUACCCACCUAGCCCUCCACCUAGGCCCAGCCCAAGCCCGCCACCCAACCCGCCUUCUCCACCUGGCCCACCAUCACUGCCUCCAUCUCCACCGAGUCCUCCGCCACUGCCUCAUAGCCCGCCAAAUCCGGAUCCACCCCCACGUCCUCCUAGCCCUCCUUCUCCUUUCCCCUAUCCGCCCAGCCCGCAGUCGCCGCCUCCAGUUCCACCUAGUCCUAUCUCUCCUCCUUACCCACCUAGCCCUCCACCUAGGCCCAGCCCAAGCCCGCCUCCCAACCCGCCUUCUCCUCCUGGCCCACCAUCACUGCCUCCAUCUCCACCGAGUCCUCCGCCACUGCCUCAUAGCCCGCCAAAUCCGGAUCCACCCCCACGUCCUCCUAGCCCUCCUUCACCUUUCCCCUAUCCGCCCAGCCCGCAGUCGCCGCCUCCAGUUCCACCUAGUCCCAUUUCUCCCCCCAGCCCGCCUAGCUCCCCGCCCCCAAGCCCGCCACCCAACCCGCCUUCUCCACCUGGCCCACCAUCACUGCCUCCAUCUCCACCGAGUCCUCUGCCACUGCCUCAUAGCCCGCCAAAUCCGGAUCCACCCCCACGUCCUCCUAGCCCUCCUUCACCUUUCCCCUAUCCGCCCAGCCCGCAGUCGCCGCCUCCAGUUCCACCUAGUCCUAUCAUUAUCUCCAUCCCGCCUAGCCCGCCACUUAAUGAAACUCCUUUCAGCAGGUCGUCGCCGUCCCCUUCUCCGCCCGGUCCUCAUCCUCCGAACCCCUCCCUGCCUUUGCCUCCCAGCUCGUCUCCACAGAUCCAACCUCAAGGUUCUCAAUUUAUGUCCCCUCCCCAUUCUCCUCCAACCCCUGGCCCUAAGUCAUUCCAACCGCCUGCACCUCCCGACGCUUCUCUCCCAUCCCCGCUCCCUCCGUCUUUUCCACCCUCUCCAGCACCCCCGCCCCGAGCUCCACCGCCACCUCCUCCAACGCCUCCCUCACCACCCCUGCCAGCAGCAAAGUAUGUUGCUGUCUCCAUCUCCAUCUUCUUCCCCUACAUGUCCUGCAGCGCUCUCCAGUCGGACGCAUUCCUGCAGCAACAAAUCACCCUGGACACGAGGACAGCCGUGGCGGCUGCCUUGGGGGUGCAAGCCAAGUCCGUUGCUCUUCUGAGCUUCGCAUGUGGCACCAACAGCAAUAACAGCGCCAGGAGCGGUACUAACAGCUCCACUUACAAUGGUGGCAGCGGUACGACAGCCACUCGAAGGAGCACCGCUGGGGAGACGACUCAGUUGGGAGCUCAAUUGCUUGUGCGAGAGGAAAAGGCGAGCUCCAGGGGAGGCAUGAGCAAAGAUGGAUGGGGCGAUGGCGGGGACCAAAAGGGAACAUCACAACAAAUAUCUCCUGACGGCUUGAAGGAUGCGGCAUUGAUGUCUGCACGAGGAACAAGCCACGCCCCUCGAACCCGCCGCCAAGCUCUCGACUCCGCCUCCUCCUCUUCGCCCCCAUCCCCACCCGUUCCGUAUCCUUCUCCCAUCUAUUCCUCUUAUUAUCCCCCCUCUCCUAAUGCCGCGGUGAGCGGCGUUACUCUCCGCAUUCAAGCACUCCUGCCAACCACCACACCCCAGAACGAGCUAAACUCCAUCAUCACCCGCAUCUCCGACCAGCCAAGCAACGUCUCAUGGCUCUUUGCGACGGCGCCGGCGCUGAUAGCGACGUACGGCACCCCAUCUGCAACCGCAGUCAGUGUCAAUGUGACAGGGGAGAGUGCGCUGACGGCCGAGUGUCCUCGGCGCCCCGAUGUCGUACUGUACGCGCCGACGUACGUGGGUCGGUGGGACGCGCCGCUGGUGCUGCGAUUCGCUGGGGCGUUCAGCUUUGGAUCGGCAUGUAGCAACAACUUCAGCUGCGUUCUCGGCACUAACAACCGUGGACUGCUUCUCAAUGGCUCCCUUCAAGUCCUCGACAUCACGUCCUCCUCCACAUCAUCCACCUCAAACUCCUCUUCGUCCCCCACCGCCUUCCUCCUCAAACUUCGCGCCCUGUCCGAGGGCACCCUGCAGCUCCUCCUCCGUAGCGACCCCUGCGCCCCCACCACCACCUCCACAUCCUUGACCACCGUCUCCACCUCCUCCACCAUUGCAACCCUCAAUCUCACAGCGGACUGGACCCCACCACGAUGCACCCUCACCGUCGCCUCAGCACCCUCACUCGCCAACGCCUCCUUCACAGUUGCUGCCGACUUCUCUGAACCCAUUCUACCCGUGCUUCCAUCCGACAUAACCACCUCCUCAUGUCGUAUCUCUUCGCUGACGCGCCUCAGCCCUACCAGGAUGC